CGCGCACGCGCAGUUUCCCGCAGUCCCAGAAACUGAUCGUGUUCGGGGAAGGUGACGACGCCGAGCCACUGACUUCCAAAGACUCUUGGUACAUGAGGAAGAACCCAGAAGAGGAGAAUGAAGGAGUCAGGGAUGGCUCCUCCUCAGGCUGGAGUGCAGUGGUGUGAUCUUGGCUCACUGCAAUUUUCCCAGCGCCAUUUAUUGAAGAGGAUGUCAUUUCCUCAGUGUGUAUUUUUGGUGCCUUUGUCAAAAAUCAUUUGGCUGGACACUUGACAUUCAGGGACGUGGCAAUCGAAUUCUCUCAGGAGGAGUGGAAAUGCCUGACCUCUACACAGAGGACUUUAUACAGGGACGUGAUGUUGGAGAACUACAGGAACCUGGUCUCCCUGGAUCUCUCUCAUAACGGUGUGAUGAAGGAAUUAGCACCAAAACAGAAACGUAACAUGGGGGAAGUAUUCCACACAGUGGCACGGGAACAGCAUGAAACACCUGACACGCAAGAGUUUUGCUUCAGGGAAAUCAGGAAAAAAAUACACGACUUGGACUGUCAGUGGAGAUAUGAUGAAAGAAAUUACAGCCAAGUGACUGUGACCCCAAAAGAAAGUCUUACUUGUAGAAGAGACCGCCAUGGCAGAGGAGGUAUGGAAAACAAGUCUGUUAAAAAUCAGCUUGGAUUAAGCUUUCCGUCCCAUCCCCCUGAACUGCAGCAAUUUCAAGCUAAAGGGAAAAUUUAUGAAUGUAAGCAUGUUGAGAAGUCUGUCAACCAUGGUUCCUCAGUGCCACCAGCCCAAAUAAUUUCUUCUGCCAUCAAAACCCAUGUUUCUAAUAAACAUGGGACUGAUUUCCUCUGGUCUUCAUUACUCACACAAGAACAGAAAUCAUGCAUUAGGGAAAAACCUUACAGAUAUGCGCACGACAAAACCUUUCAUCAUGACUCACACGUGACUGUACAUCAGGUAAGUCAUUCUGGAGAGAAACGAUAUAAAUGUGAUGUCUGUGGCAAGGUCUUUAGUCAAAAGUCAAACCUUGCACGUCAUCGGAGAGUUCAUACUGGGGAGAAACCUUACAAAUGUAAUGAAUGUGACAAGGUCUUUAGUCGCAACUCGUGCCUUGCCCUACAUCGGAGGGUUCAUACUGGAGAGAAACCUUACAAGUGUUGUGAAUGUGACAAGGUCUUCAGUCGCAACUCGUGCCUUGUGCUACAUCGGAAAAUUCAUAUUGGAGAGAAACCUUACAAGUGUAAUGAGUGUGGCAAAGCCUUUAGUGUGAGGUCAGCACUUACCCACCAUCAGGUAACUCACAGUGGAGAGAAACCUUACAAAUGCGAUGAAUGUGGCAAGGUCUUCAGUCAGACUUCAAGCCUUGCAACUCAUCAGAGAAUUCACACUGGGGAGAAGCCAUACAAGUGUAAUGAAUGUGGUAAAGUCUUCAGUCAGACCUCAAGCCUCGCAAGGCACUGGAGAAUUCAUACUGGAGAGAAACCUUACAAAUGCAAUGAAUGUGGUAAGGUCUUCAGUUACAAUUCACACCUUGCCAGUCAUCGGAGAGUUCAUACUGGAGAGAAACCUUACAAGUGUACUGAGUGUGGCAAAGCCUUUAGUGUACAUUCGAACUUAACUACCCAUCAGGUCAUCCACACUGGAGAGAAGCCUUACAAAUGUAAUGAGUGUGGCAAAGCCUUCAGUGUCCAUUCAAGCCUAACCACCCAUCAGGUCAUCCACACUGGAGAGAAGCCUUACAAAUGUAACGAGUGUGGCAAAGCCUUCAGUGUGCGCCCAAACCUCACUAGACAUCAGAUAGUCCAUACUGGAAAGAAACCUCACAAGUGUGAUAAUUGUGGGAAGUCUUUUAGUGUGCGCCCAAACCUCAUGAGACAUCAGAUUAUCCAUACUAAGGAGAAACCUUAUAAAAGAAAUUAAUAUGGCAAGGUCUUCGUUCACAGCUUAAAUCUUGUGAGUCAUCAGAUAAUUUAUAUCAGAGAGAAACCUUACAAAUAUAAUACAUGUGGCAAGGUUUUCAGUCACAGUUCACUCCUACACAACAACAGAGAAUUUCAUUCCUGAGAGAAUCCUUAAGUACAACAAACGCUUCAUCAUGAGUUCAAGCAUUCACUGACAUCAGAGUCCAUCUAAAGAGAAAUCAUAUAAAUGUAACGCAUGUGGCAGAGGGUUAAGACUCACAACUCACCAGACAUCAAAAUACACAUCUUUGUAUAUUUUGUGCAUGUGGAAGCGAUUACCCAGUGAUGAACACUAAAACAUCCAAGGAUUGGGGCCGGGCGUGGUGGCUCAAGCCUGUAAUCCCAGCACUUUGGGAGGCCGAGGCAGGUGGAUCACGAAGUCAAGAGAUCGAGACCAUCCUGGUCGACAUGGUGAAACCCCGUCUCUACUAAAGAUACAAAAAAUUAGCUGGGCACGGUGGUGCGUGCCUGUAAUCCCAGCUACUCGGGAGGCUGAGGCAGGAGAAUUGCCUGAACCCAGGAGGCGGAGGUUGUGGUGAGCCGAGAUCGCGCCAUUGCACUCCAGCCUGGGUAACAAGAGCGAAACUCCGUCUCCAAAAAAAAAAAAAAAAUCCAAGGAUUCAUGUGAGGAAUCAUUCAGUGCAGUUGUGCACGCUAAACUUGUCAUAUUACACAUUGUAGAACAAUUACAAGUCCAAAUAUCUUAAAACUUACAACAUGAUAUAUGUUAAAGGUUGCAGGAAGUUUGGAAGUCACUGGUUAUCUUCAGAUUUUAAAAUAUUUAGUUAUUUUAGGUGUCUUGCAGGCAACUGCUCUAUACUUUCGAAUUUAUGACUUUCAACCUAAACCUUGAAAUCUGUUGAUACACCACCUCCUUACCCGCCUUUCAUGGUGAGGAAUCAGCAAGAUGGAAGGGCUCACUGCAUGAGAGGAGGAUCAUUUCUAUUCAAAUUCUUUGAAGAAUCAGGACUCCACUUUUGCAAAUUAAAUUACCAAGCCUGGGGGCAGACAGAGAAUAAAGCAAAACGAUGAUGUGGAUCAUCAUCCUUAUUGCAUUCAGGCUGCUCCUACGAGGGCACUUCCGGUUACAGGAAACAGAGGACCCACAAAGUGACCUUGAAGUAGAGCAGCCCAAGACCUUAGACACGGGGAAUUGUGGGAGGAGAGUACAGGCUACUAGUGAGUGAUUCCGUGGUGGAAAGAAUUCAGGGGAAAAUGGGGGCCACCUUCUGCAGGGAAUGGCCAUCGCUGUUGUGAAAGGAAGGUGGAGAGGACUAUGGAAACUGCAGCCUCAGAGAUGAACCACAAUGGCAUGUUAUUGAUCAGGGAUCACAUGGACUGCUGGCAUUACAUUUUGCUGCUGUUUUAUUCACAAUGGAUCAUAGAUCUCGUGCUAAUUAACAGAAUUCCACUUUUGCAUAACUAUGAAUGCACCACGUUCUUUGUACCAACAGAGUUUUAUGGCACCUCAGUAGGUUACAUAACCACACAUCAUUAGGCUCUUAAGGCUGAAAGAGAGAACAAUUUUUUUUUUGUUUUUGGAAUUUAAAUAGAGUGUUGGGAACAUCCACGUAUGGAGUACACUUGAGUUGUUCUCCCCACGCCCUGCCUGAGGAUACUUAUGUGAAUGUAAUGCAAAUCCCAAGGAAGUUUUACACCCUUAGCUGUACUUUUUUUUUAAGAGAUGGAGUCUCGUUCUGUUGCCCAGGCUGCAGUGCAGUGGCACGGUAGCUCACUGCAGCCUCUGCCUCCCUGGUUCAAGCGAUUCUCCUGCCUCAGCCUCCCAAGUGGCUGGGAUUACAGGCGUCCUGCCACCAUGGUCAGCUAAUUUUGUAUUUUUAGCAGAGACAAGGUUUCACCAUGUUGGCCAAACUCUUCUCAAACCCCUCACCUCAGGUCAUCUGCCUGCCUUGGUCUCUCAAGGUGCUGGGAUUAUAGGCAUAAGCCACCAUACCCAGCCAGCUCUAUCACUCUUGAUGACUAUUGCUCUGCGUGAUUAUUAUUUUUUAAUCUUCUCUUUUUUUCUUUUCUUGUCUUUUUUUCUUUUUCUUUUUUUUUCUCGAGACAGAGUUUCAUUCUUGUUGCCCAGGCUGGAGUGCAGUGUCGCAAUCUUGGCUCACUGCAAACUCUGCCUCCUGGUUUCAAGUGAUUCCCCUGCCUCAGCCUCCCAAGUAGCUAGUAUUGUAGAUGAGAGCCACCAAGCCCAGCUAAUUUUUUAUAUUUCAGUAGAGACAGGGUUUCACCAGGUUGGCCAGGAUGGUCUCGAUCUCUGGACCUCACAAUCCCCCCUGCUUCAGCAUCCCAAAGUGCUGGGAUUACAGGCAUAAGCCACCACGCCCAGCCCCAAACUCCAGAACUUUUUAAACAGUCUUUUUUUUUUUUUUUUUUUUGAGACAGAAUCUUGCUCUAUUGCCCAGUGGAAUGCAGUGGUGCAAUCUUGGCUCACUGCAAACUUAACCUGCUGGGAUCAAGUGAUCCAUCCCAGCCUCCUGAGUAGCUGGGACUACGGGUGUGCACCACCACACCUGGCUAAUUUUUGUAGAGACAGCGUUUCACUUUUUAGACAAACUCUUGAGUUCAAGGGAUCUGCCUGCCUCUGCCUCCCAAAGUGCUGGGAUUGUAGGCGUGAGCCAUCACACCCAGCCACAAACUUUUCUCUUUUGAGGUUUUUCACUACUAAUUCCGUCCUCCCUCCCCCCUCCCUCCCUUCCCCCCUCCCUUCCUUCCUUUCCUUCUUUACUUAUUUCCUUUUUUCCUUCUUUCUUGAUGGGACGGAGUCUCGCUCUGUCUACCAGGCUGAAGUGCAGUGGCGUGAUCUCGGCUCACCGCAACCUCUGUCUCCAGGGUUCAAGUGAUUCUCCUGCCUCGGCCUCCCGAGUAGCUGGGACUACAGGCACGUACCACCAUGUCCAGCUAAUUUUUGUAUUUUUAGUAGAGACGGGGUUUCACCAUGUUGGCCAGGAUGGUCUCUAUGUUUUGACCUCAGGAUCUGCCCUCCUUGGCCUCCCAAAGUGCUGGGAUUACAGGCGUGAGCCACUGCGCCCCGCCUUAUUUCUUAUUAUUAUUAUUUUGAGACAGUCUCACUCUGUCACCCAAGCUGGAGUGCAGUGGUGCAAUCUCAGCUCACUGUAGCUUCUGUCUCCCUGGUUCAAGCAAUUCUCCUGUCUUACUCCCGAGUAGCUGGGAUUACAGGUGUGCACCACCAUGCCCUGCUAAUUUUUGUAUUUUGAGUAGAGACAGGGUUUCACCAUGUUGGCUAGGCUGAUCUGGAACUCCUGACCUCAUGUAAACUGCCCACCUUGGCCUCCCAAAGUGCAGGGAUUGCAGGCAUGAGCCACCAUGCCGGUCCACUGAAACAUUCCUGGCCAGUGUAAUUUGGAACAACUUUUUCUUAACAGCCCCUCCCAAGAGUAGGCUUUUUUCUUUUUUUUAAGAUAAACAGGUUCUCACUCUGCUGCCCAGAAUGGAGUGCAGUGUUGGGAUCACAGCUCAUUGCAGCCUCCAACUCCUGGGCUCAAGCAGUCUUCCUGAGUAGUUGGGACUACAGGUGUGUGCCACAAUGCCCAGCUAAUUUUUCAAAAUUUUCUAUAGAGAUAGGGAGCCUUGCUAUGUUGCCCAAACUGGUCUUGAACUCCAUCAUGAGCUAGGCUCACACCUGUAAUCCCAGCACUUUGGGAGGUCAAGGCAGGAGGAUCAGUUGAGGCUAGAAGUUCAAGACCUGCCUGGGCAUCAUAGCAAGAACCUGCCUCUACAAAAAGUGAAAAGAUUAGUGGAGUGUGGUGGUACAAACCUGCAGUCCCAGCUACUUGGGAGGCUGAGGUGGGAGGAUCACGAGCCCUGGAGUUCAAGGCUGCAGUGAGCUAUGAUCUCAACACUGCACUCUAGCCUGGGCAACAGAGCAAGAUGCUCUUUCAAAAAAUAAAUAGACCAGGCAUGGUGUCUCACGUCUGUAUUCUCAGCACUUUGGGAGGUCAAGGUGGGCAGAUCCCUCAAGCUCAGGAGUUCAAGACUAGCCUGAGCAACAUGGUGAAAUGCCAUCUCUACAAAAAAUACAAAAAUUAACCAGGCUUGGUGGCAUGUGCCUGUAGUCCCAGCUACUGGGGAAAUUGAUGUGGGAGGAUUGCCUGAGCCUAGUAAAUGAAAGUUGCAGUGAGCAGAGAUCAUACCGCUGCACUCCAGCCUGGGUGACCGAGCAAGACUCUGUCUCCAAUAACAUAACACACUUUCCCAGAAUGACUAUAGUCAUGCCAAGCACUCAUCCACAGCCCCGUAACUUGUGCUUAUGCUUUCUAGUCUUGUUUACUCCUCCAUAUAUGAAAAAAAAGUUCUUCAGUUUGUAUGUCUUGGACAUUUUUAAAUCAUGUGAUUGGAAUACUCUCUAUUGCAAUAGUCCUUUGGAAUAAACUCUUUCCUUCCUUAA